AUGGAGUAUGGUAUUAGUUCUAUUAAAGAUGAUGCAAAUAAAACUAUUUUAACUGCUUUAGAAGAUCUAGAUAAUACAUUUUUUACCGAAUAUUCAUACUCUGAAGAUGAAAAAGAGCCUAGUUUUAUACCAAAUGAUGAUGAUGAUGAUAUCGAAUUAAUAGAUUUAUCGUUAAAAGUAGCUAAUAUUCAUUUAGAUAAUUUUGAAUUUAAAGAAAAUCCCGAUAGUUAUAUUGAAGAUGAGGUUUAUAAACGCUUGAAAUUAAAAGUUGAUGAAUUUUUUUUAAAAAAAAAGUGUUCAUGCCGUUCUUCUGAUCAACCUUGUUUUAUGAAAAUUGGCUAUGAACGUUUUCUUGCACGUCGAAUUGAAUUUGAAAGCUUGGACAAAACAAUGCGAGAUAUGGUUGUUAAAGGACAGCUUAUGGCCUUUCAAAAGGAUAAAAAUACACGAAAAGUUAAUAGUAAUGAUAGAAAAUUUGUGCGCUUUAAUUAUUGUUAUAAUAAUGAUCUUUUAAUUUGUCGUACAAUGUAUGAAAAUCUUAUUGGAGCUAGUCAUAAAUAUUUAGAUACAAUUAUACAACAUUUACGAGAACAUAGUAUUGAAGAACGUGUACAUGGAAAUACUGGUAGAGCUCCUAAAAAUAUGAAACGUAUAGAAGUUAAUUAUGAUGUAGCAAACGACGUACAAGAUAAGUAUGGAGCAGAAACUCGUGUUAUGGUCAAACAAACUUUUAUUAAUAUUUGGAAAUCUUUAAUGCAAUCGCUCCAAUUUAUGUCUCCAAAAUCGGAUUUGUGUGAAAAUUGUGAGUUAAUGAAGAUGGACAUUCGGUAUAUUAUACAACAUGAGAAAAAAUUGGAAUCUACAGAAAAUUACCUGGCCCAUUUAAAACGUGCACAACAAGAGCUAGAUUAUUAUAAUUCAAAUAUUGCACUUGCAAUUGAAGAUGGCCGAAAUAAUUCUAAUCCAUCCGGAUCUCAAAUAUUAUUCAAAACUUUUGAGGGAAGUGCUCACAUUGCAUAUGACUGGGCGCAAAAUGUACAAAUCCCCCACUCACCACAACAGGUAGGAUCCUUGUUUUUCAAAAGUCCACGAAAAGUGCAUUUAUUUGGUGUUUGUAAUACUGGCAACUAUCCUAAUACACAACAGAUUAAUUAUUUUAUUGAUGAGGGUGAAAUGGCUGAUGACGGCAAACAAGUAAAGGGUGCAAAUUGUACAUUAAGUUUGGUUUUACAUGCAAUUCAAAAAUAUAAUCGUGGAGAAAAAAAAUUAAUUGUUGCAUGUGAUAAUUGUGUAGGGCAAAAUAAAAAUAACUUCACCUUAUUUUUUUAUUCAUGGUUAAUUGAUCGUGGUAUAUAUGAUGAAAUAGAAUUAAAUUUUAUGAUACCCGGACACACAAAAUUUAUUUGUGAUGGUUGUUUUGGUCUAAUUAAGAUACUCUAUCGAAAAAGUAUAGUGAAUACAGUGGAUGAUGUUGUUUCAAUUAUCAACCGUUCCACUACAAAUAAUUUCAAUAUUGCUCAGCGUUAUUUAAAUGGAAAAGGGUUUCAAUAUUACGAUUUUAAGAGUCAUUUUCAAAUGUUUAAAAAAUUACCUAACAUUCAAAAAUAUCAUCAUUUUUAUUUUUCUUCACAACACCCUGGAGUUGUCUUUUAUAAAGAUAAACUUGAAGAUGUUUAUGAAAAAACUACAAUUCGUACUUUUUCUUAUGCCAUCAACAUUUUACCACCUAUAAUUGCUUCUAGACCCCUUUCCUUAAAAAGACAAGAAGAAUUAUAUAAAGAAAUUGCGCCUUAUGUUGAUGUACCCUUUCGUGAAAUUACUUGUCCUAAACCUGAACUUCAAAAUGAGUGA